AUGGACACCUCGAAGUUAAAGUUGUAUGUAGAAAUGGUUUUGAAACUUCAGAAGAAAUAUGGUUGGAUGAUGGAUAGCUAUGUUCUUGUAAGUAGUACAUGAUUUGAAUAUUGUCUCGUGGAUAUUUCAUUUUAAUUUAGUGGCAUCUAGUACCAUCAUGAUCAUCUGGCAUCAUGUGAUCAUGACUAACUUAUGAUUCUUUGCAGGAUUUUUUCACAGAUAAUUUGUGGGACAAACUUCCUGGAAAAUGGUCAAAUGUCCUUGCAGAAUUACAGCCUGAGGAAAUUGCUUACUUUUUCUUAGAAAUGUAUUCUCCCUUGAAACAAAGACAGCAAUCACAAAAGCCCAAAUUCAGGUAUGUGUGCGGUAGGAACUAGGACAGCUGAUGAUACCUAUUAAACCAACUUCAAAAAUGUUUACGCUUAUCGAAGCAAGUAGAUUAAACUACAUCUCUUAUUUAUUUGCCUCCAAAUACAAGACUACUACAUAUAAUGAAGGCCCAGCUAUAUGCAAUAUGAAAACUCACUGCUUAAUUAAUACACCCUUUCGAUAAUAUGUCACACAUACUUUUUGGUCCUGGAGCCUCGCUCUCAUCAAUAAAUUAUGCAAGGUGAUUGGCUCAUGAUUCAUGAGAGCAAGGCUCCCAGGCCAAAUGACAUAAUUAUCGAAAGGGUGUAUUGUACCAACACUGUAUUCAGUGGUUCAGGUCACCUCAGGAAGGAAAGGGUUGGGGUACAAUGAAUGGCAUGCAAUCAUUUCUUCACUAUGAAUGCACUUGGUGGUUCCUCAUCGUGAGGCCUGCCAACUAAUUUUUGCAAGGCUGCAACUAAUACACUCCUUCUGGAAAGUAUGUCUCUUUGGCCAUUCCCGAUGGCCUGUGGUUCUUUCUAAACUCAUUGAAGGACACACCUCUUUUGUACUUUCAGAAAAGUCUGGCCUCUGGAACUUCUGGCAUUUAUUGCUUCAUGUCACAGUCUGAAGCUAAACAAUCUAGCAUGGACAGGCAAAUUCAAUGAGACACAGAAUACCAUGCAUAAACACACUGUACAGGAAAAUACGCAAACUAAUCGUACAAAAACAAAUGACUGUAAAACAAAUAUUAGUAACAAUGCUAGAAAUAUUCAAGAGGAUUUAAAACCGGCUGACACACAAGUGCUGCAUACUGAUAAAGAACAGACUUUACAUCGUCAGAGUUUGAGUCGUCUGUUUCAACAUCAUAUAAAACCAAAGAAACAAUAUGAAAUUGAUGUUUUGUCAAAGGUAAGUAAAACUUCUUGUUUUAUAGCCUGCAAUUCCAGUGCAGUGCUCUAACCGCAAGUUCAUAUAUGUGGAUGUCUAUUAGGUAAUCUGUGAACAAGCAGAGAAACUACAGUGUUGGAAUAUUGUGGUAAGAUUUGAGAUUAUGUGUAAAUUUAAAAGUUAAUAUGUGUUGGGCUAUCACCUACAAUCGCUUCACAUCUUAAAUAUUUCCUAACUUGUCAUUGCCUCCAUGUUCCAGGAUGUUGGAGCGGGUUUGGGUCACUUGUCUCGCUUACUCAGCUAUGGUUAUCAAUUACGAGUGGUCACCAUAGAAGGUGACGGUUGCCAUCAGAGCGGUGCUGAAAAAAUUGACCGAAAAGUUCUUGCACAUUUAAAAAAGGUAGCUCUUUGUAAAUAAUAGAGUUAACCCAUUGAGUGGCAGCACUCUCCCCGUACAGCCACAAAACAUGGCUAUAAGGCAUGUCGAAAACUGGCGUACUUUAUAGCCAUGGUUUGUGGUCAACUCGGCUGUGUGUGGCCAUGCUGUUUGCAGCCAUCCUUGCAAAAACCACUGUGCCAUGAACUCGAUCCUCACUCUAACUAAAAUUCUAUUUGAAAUUUAGGAGGCUGGAACUGCUGGCAGAUCACUUGUCCAUGUUACACAUCAUGUAAGAUAAUUAUUAUUACAAUUUUUCAUUAACCGGAACUGAAAAACUUUUAUUAUACGAAACAUCAUGUCUUUCUAGAUAAAUUCAGAUAUUUCAGCUGCGGAGUUCUCCAGUGUAGUCUUGGAAGCCUUUUCCAAGAUGGAAGACGAAACUCCUCCCCAAAACACCAGAAACUUACAAGCGUGGCCGAAAUCUUCUGAAAAUUUUAUAAUUGUUGGUCUUCACACUUGUGGCGACUUGGCUCCAACGUUGCUUCGUGUUUUUAGCCAAUGUGAUAAUGCCGUUGGGAUAGUUUCUGUUGGUUGUUGCUACAUGAAGUUACAUCAUGAAAUAGCCAAGACAGACCAAGGCACUACGACACAGAAAAGGAAGAAACUCGAUACAAUUCCAACCAACUCCAAAAAAAUUUGUGGCAAUUUUCAGCAAAAUAAUGUGGAAUCAACAGACCCUACUAGUAGACCUAAUCCGACAACAGGCAUUUGUGACCAGCACCAAAGUUGCACUAAAUUGACAAACUCUAUUAGACAGAAUGAUCUGGAAUUGACAGCCCAUACUAGCAGACAAAAUUCAGUAGAAAUGUGUGGUAAUUCUCAACAGAAUAGCAUUGAAUCAACAAACAUUGAUAGGAGGAAUGAUUUGGGAUUUGCAGACCCUUCUUGUAGACAUUCUUGCACAGAAAUUUGCAGUAAUUUUGGGCAAGAGAAGGUUAAGAAUGAUAGCCUUAAUUGCAGACAAACAUUGACAACUCAAUGUGAUGAAUUGAAAGUUGUGGAAGAUUCUAUAUCGACUGUUGAG